AUGAGAAUACUAUUGAGUCUGGCCCAAGUGGCGUUCAUGCUAUGUGCUGCAAGAGGAAAUAUAAUUGCUUUGCCUAUAGAUGACAACCUGGGACUACAGCGCAGUCAGGAGUUUGCAGAGGAGCAGAGGAACUUGCAGCAGAUUUUUUCAGGCAUGAAACUGCCGCCGUUUGGAGACGUGGAUCCAGGGAAGCACCUCCACCUGCAGAUGGAGGAGAGGUCCCUCAGGAAGCACAUCCCCUCCCGCAGCAGAUCGCCCUGUAAGAGCUUCUUCUGGAAGACCUUCUCAGUCUGCUAG